UUAGCAAUUAAUAGCCAUACAUACCAUUAUAAACGACGAAAAGGUAUUCGUGAAAGUUGGGGCAACGGCUGGGAUAUCAACGAUAGCCGUAAUGAUAGUUAUACAUGGAAAACUGUUUUUGUGGUCGGCCGAUCAGGCGUGAAAAAGCGCGACGACCUAGUUGAUGCUGAGGCAGAACGUUAUGGUGAUAUGAUUAUUAUCAAUUUAAAAGAAGGCCAUCAAAGUUUAACGGAAAAGACUGUCGCUGGCAUGUAUUGGGCAUACAAAUACUGUAGACCAAGAUUUUUUUACAAGGGCGAUGAUGAUGUAUGGCUCAAUAAAUGGCGAAUGUUUGAGUACAUUAACCACAUCGAUAGAAGUGGAUGGAAAGUUGUAAGAAAGCACUGGGUUGGCUAUGUAAGUCGUGGUAAUCGUAAACCAAUUCGAAAUAAAAAAAACAAAUAUUAUAUUUCACCAUUAGAUUAUAAAUGGAAACGAUUCCCUCCCUAUUGCUCUGGCUUUAGUAAUUUAAUGUCGGGAAUAGCAUUGGAGCGAAUGGUAGAAUCGAUUCCAUUCAUUAAAAAACUUCCGGGAAUUGACGAUGUAUAUGUUGGCCUACUAGCUUAUCGAGCUGGCAUUACACCAAUUCAUAAUCAUCGAUUUCAUUACCAU